CUCCCGGCCGGGCCCGAGCACGCUCGAGUUGGAGCGUGAGGAGGCGCGCGCGCGCCGGAAAAGCAUCAACAGGGAGGGAAAGAAAGAAAAGAGAGAAAGAUGAGGCCCUCCCGCCCGGAGGUUGCCCAAAGCAGUGGCUGAGUGUGUCCAAAAACCAUCAUUCAAAAGGCGAUUACCUUUGCAACCUUGGAAGGAUCAUGGAUCACCUGGCUUCAUUCAGCAAUGACCCUUUUGACAAGCCACCAUGCCGAGGGUGUUCCUCUUACCUUGCAGAACCGUACAUCAAAUGUGCAGAAUGUGGCCCACCUCCUUUUUUGCUAUGUUUGCAGUGCUUCACAAGAGGAUUUGAAUAUAAGAAACAUCAGAGUGACCAUUCCUAUGAAAUAAUGACCUCUAACUUCCCUGUCCUUGAUCCUACUUGGACAGCUCAAGAAGAAAUGGCUCUUUUGGAAGCAGUGAUGGAUUGUGGCUUUGGAAAUUGGCAUGAUGUAGCCAACCAGAUGAUCACGAAGACAAAAGAAGAAUGUGAAAAGCAUUACAUGAAACAUUUCAUCAAUAACCCCCUUUUUGCAUCCUCAUUAUUACAUCUGAAGCAGACAGAGGAGAAACAGCACAGCAGCUUAGCGAUUCCGUUUUAUGCAUCUGAAGAUCCUCCCCGACCUACCUUUGAUUCCCUUCUUUCCAGAGAUAUGGCAGGAUACAUGCCAGCAAGGGCAGAUUUCAUUGAGGAGUUUGACAAUUAUGCUGAAUGGGAUUUAAGAGAUAUAGAUUUUGUGGAGGAUGACUCAGACCUUUUACACACUUUGAAGAUUGCAGUCGUAGAUAUCUACCACUCUCGGUUAAAGGAAAGGCAAAGACGGAAAAAAAUCAUAAGAGACCAUGGACUAAUCAAUCUCAGAAAGUUUCAGAUUCUGGAAAGAAGAUAUCCAAAAAAGGUUCAAGAUCUCUAUGAGACAAUGAGGCGCUUUGCAAGAAUAUUGGGACCAGUGGAACAUGAUAAAUUCAUAGAGAGCCAUGCACUGGAGUUUGAGCUGCGAACUGAAAUCAAACGCCUACAGGAAUACAGGGUAGCAGGAAUCACCAAUUUCUGCAGUGCGAGGACGUAUGAUCGCCUCAAGAAGGUGCGCGAAGAGGAGCGAUUAAAACGCACCAUGCUUUCCGAAGUCCUUCAGUACAUCCAGGACAGCAGUGCCUGCCAGCAGUGGCUCAGCCGACAAGCUGACAUCGAUUCUGGCCUGAGUCUCACAAUACCAGUUACAUCAAAUUCAGGUAGGAGAAGCGCCCCCCCGCUGAACCUCACUGGCCUCCCUGGGACAGAAAAACUGAAUGAGAAAGAAAAAGAGGAAACCACCAUUGUUUUCUGGGAUUGGCCUGCAAAUGCAGGUCAGUUGAAAUGAUGCCAUCGCCAGACAGGGCUUGUCCAAGGAAGAACUGUGCCAGUAGCUCUGAUCACAAGAUGCCCGUGUGUAUAAACUAUCAGAGUGGCAACUGGGAACGCCAGCUUCCAGGAGCACAUAGGGGUCUAAAUAUUUUCCCUGCCACCCUUACCAGUUCAAUCAUUUUCAUGUUCAGACACACGCACCAGAAGUAGACGAAAUGAAUUCCUUGUGCAAAAGGGGGGGGGGGAAUUCAGGAAAUAUACAGGAGAAAUAGCCUUUAAAAAUCUUAAAAACUUCCUUCAAUUCACUGAAUUCCUGAAUAGAAGUGCUUAGGACUAUGAGGUGGGCAUAUUUUGGAUUAUCUUUCUUCCUUCCUCUCAGGAAAGUAAGAGAUUUGUUGCCUCCCCCCCACCCCCAAAUCUCCCAAACCUUCAAGACAAACUCUGGCUAGCUAUUCAACUGAUACUUUUCAUGCCUUUCAGUGUCACGGGUGAACCUUCUUCACCCACAGCCUUGACAGAAGCUUCAUUUUCCUUGGUGGCUGCAAUUCUGCUGGGUUAUAUCAGAGCAUUUCCUUAUUAAAGGGGGAAGGUUUAUUAAAUGUGGGCAGCUGGUCAUUAUAGCAUUGGGAACUUAAGAAAUGGGCUAGAGUUUUUAGGAUCUGCUGGUGCUGUUCCAGCAUUACUGAGUCAAACAGCAGAUUUUGACCUAAGCUCUUAUUUCAGCCUCCAGCAGAGGCAAGGGAUUUAUUGUGUACUGUAAUUAAUGUCUAGCAUGUAAGCCCGCUGUCUGCAUACCUCAUUCCACAGACAGUUUCUGCUUUCCAUAGUUGGCAGAGCCACAUCCUGAGUUUAUGAAAAGGUACAGAAAAGGACUGACUAAUCUUGCUGGGGAAGGGGGGGCAGUUAAGAGACGGCCUGAUUAGCACCUGUCGGUCAUCCUGUGUUAAGCACAGCUAGAUCUCUGAGUUAGAACACCCAGCUCUAUUACGAAGCAAACUUUCCUCCCCUCCAGCACACCCAAUUUUAGAAGAGUGGAAUUUCUGUCUGUUAUCAAGACCAGAUGUUUUGGACACAGGGUAUCCUCUUCCAACAGAUGGUGGGGAGGACAUGUUGAUUCCUUAAAGUUCUCUACUGCAUCUAUACUUAGGUGAACUGCUCUGAAAAUUGUAUUGAUUUAUUUAGUAAAUUUAUAGGCCGCUUAUCUCAUAUAUGUGACUCACCAGUUCUCAAGUUCUACUCCUUGCGCAGCGAAGGGGACAGUGCAGCAAAACUUCCCUGCCCUUUGCAGCUGGCGUGAGACCGCAUAUCCUUUUGCACUGCACCCUCUUAAAAGGUUGUGGCACAGUUUUGAAAGGUGUCCAUUAUCUAGAACGAACAUUGAUGGGUCAUUAGGCAGAUGCAGUCUUGGUGAAGAUGGGAGGGAGGGAGGGAGG